AUCACUAACAUAAGAAAAAAGAAAUAAAGAAGGAAUACAAAUUAAAAUAUGUACGACUGUAAAUAUUGUGACAGAGAACUUGACACUAAAUUGUCUCGUGUUCAACAUGAAGAGUCUUGUCAUGUUGAUGAAGAAGAGUGUGUGUGUGAUGACUGUGGUAAUGAGUUUGAUAGAUGGUCCAGUUUGAUGCAGCAUCUGAUACAUGCUCAUGAUUACAAUGAUGAAGAUUUUGAUUCCGAUGGUAGAAUCGGUGAUGAGGUUUAUACUUGCCCAUUUCCAUAUUGCGGGAGGGAAUGUGACACCGAAUUGGCCUUGGUACAGCAUUGUGAAACUUUUCAUGGAAAAAGUCAAAGCAUUCAUUGUCCUGAAUGCAGAAGAUGGUUUCAAAAGGAGUCUAGUAUGAUGCAACAUUACCAAUCUGUCCAUGAUGAUUGCGCAACCGACCAAACUGACACCGAAGAGGAUAAUGGCACUGAUAGCAGUAACACGAGUGAAACUGAAAGCGAAAGUGAGGAAAGUUUGGAAGGAUACUUGCGUGAGCGUGUGUCUCGCAUCAAUGUGACAUUAACAGAUAGAAGGAAAUCUCGUCAGGUGGUGCAGAGAAUUUUGGAUCAGUUGGGUGGUUGUUUGGAUUAUUAUGGAAGUGUCUUCAAAAAGCAAUUCAUCAAGUCGGGAAGUUAUGCAACUAAUACAAAGAUUACCAAAGCUGAUGAAUUUGAUUUUGAUGUACCAUUGAAGUACUCGUUAGAAGAAAUUCACAUAAAGCGGAAAGGGCAUGUUUACUACGAUUUCCGAAAAAAACAAGCGACUCUCAACUUGAACGUUCCUAUGAGAGUCAUACACACUAAAGAUCACUCUGGUAUUCCAAGCGGAUAUGUGGAAGUUCAAACCAAUACAGGAGUAAGGAUUAUUCCAAGAAAAAUACAAGAAGAGUUCUACAAGGAUUUGCAAUGCGCAGUGGAUAAUUUUGAGUAUGUGGACCUCCAAAAGAAAGCUCAAGGACCUGCUUUAACCUUAGUAAUCCAUCAACCAGGUUCUCAUAACAUAAGCGUUGAUUUUUCACCAUCACUCGCCACAAAUCAAGUAACUUUGAAAGAUUUUAAUUGGCCAAGACAGGAGACAAGAAAAGUAUUGCCCAAAAAUCUAAUUAAGACUAUCUUUGAUGUUGGUUUGCACCUUGUACCAAAAAAAUUAAAAUUUUGGUACAUAUCUGUAUCAUAUGCGGGAAGAGCAUUGAUGAAUGGAAUGGAUUUGGAAGAUUCCGGCUGUAGAAAGUCUUGCCACAAGUUAUUAAAAGCUGACUUUCAAACAUGGUUAGGUCAAUCCAAUCAUCAACUAUCUGGAAUAUCAACAAUGAUUUUUAAGCAUCAAUUGUUCUGGAUGAACGAAGACAACCCAAGUAUGAAUUGGUCGAGAGAUCAAUUGUCUAAAAGAUAUUUAGACAUGCUACAAGAUUUAAGCAGUCGAUUAAGAAAGGGUGAAAUUUAUAAUUACUUCAGAGAUGUUGAGAACGUGUUGCAAGGGAUGGACGAGGAGACGUUAAAUCGGGUAGCAAAUCUUGCAGAUAAAAGAAGAAGGGAACUUUUAAACAUGGAUUAAAGUUUAUUUCAUUCCACUGCAUUUGUACUGAAAUGAACAUUCAUAGUAAAUUAGAAACUUUCUAUUUUUAAUGCUAUUAAUCCUAAAAGAAAAUAUUUUGAAUGAUUAAAACGUUGCCGGCUUAUUUGCUUUAGCUACCUUUAAUGAAAAAGGAACAAAAUGUAAAUAAGAAAAUGAAGAUUUACUAUAAAGCAUACAGUUUUUAACAAUUUUGUAUUCUAUUUUUAUUUUUUAGGUGAUUCAAAGUCCUUUUAUAUAAAUAUUUUAUAAAUGUGUGUAGAAUACGAUAAUAAAUUUAAUUUAAAGUUUAAAUAUUUGAAUAAAAUUUACAAUAAUAGUUGUAAUGCAUUUUGUAACAUAAGGUCUGUUCAAGACAACGCUACUGUCAGUCUAUUUCAGACUUUUACUGACUACUCAAUAUUAGAUUUUACAAAACAUCAAGUUUAUAUAUGAAAAAUGUAAUUUUUUAAUUUUUUUAAUGAAUUGUUUUAUUGAUGGGUUAAAAAAGUAAAACAAACAA